AUGGUUCACUGCAAAUCGCAAGUUGCAUUUCAUGAUGGUUCUGCCUCUACAGCGUCUGUUUGUGGAGUGAGUAUUGCGUUAAUGGACGCUGGUGUCCCGCUAAGGAAACAGGUAGCAGGCGUUUCAAUGGGUCUAGUACGUAACCGGAUUCUGACAGAUUUAUCAAGUUUGGAAGAGCAAUUAGGGGACAUGAACUUGAAAGUUGCAGGCUCGUGCGAAGGAAUUACUGCAGUUCAAUUGGAUCUAAAUGUUGCUGGAGUACCUGUAGACAUUCUAUGUGAGUGCUUAGGACUUGCAUUAAACGCUCGUCUUCAAAUCCUCGAUUGCAUGGAAGAAGAGAUAAUUGUUCCUCGUUAUAGUGCUUCAAAUGAAUGGUUAUGGCCGUACCCUAUAGUAGCUAAGUAUUGUAUCCCUGCUCAGCCUGUUGAGCGCGUGAUAUAUGCAGAUGGGGGUUGGUACGAAUGUGAUAUAAAUCUGGUUAUGUUUGGACAUGAAACACGUUCACGAAUUACAUGCACCGAAGAAGAAGAUGGUAUGAUUAACAGCACUUGCAAAGAGUAA